AUGAAGGGGGAGAUUGCCUUUGAUUCCCAGCCUGGCUGUGGCUCCACUGUGGCAUUUUCCGUGCCCGUGGCCGUUCCCUCGAUACAAGAACACUCCUCGCUACAAGAACACUGCUCAUAUGAGGAAGCAGAAGUGUUGGAAUCGCAAGACUUGCAGAGUCAGCAGCAGCAAGGGGGGGCGUCAUGGUUCUCUGCGGCGGAUGAGGUGGUGACGCGGGCGUGGGUGGGCGGGCUGCGAGUGCUGGUGGUGGACGACACGCCCGUCAACCUCCUCGUGGCCCGCCGCUCCCUCGCCCGCUGGGGCGCCCGAGUCACCACUGCUUCCCGAGGGGAGGAGGCACUUGAGUUGAUUGCUGCUGACCUUGUCUCCACCACCUCCCGAGGAGAGGAGGCGCUUGGCGGGUUAGUUAGAGCAGGUGCUCGGGGGGCUGGUGAGAUGGGUGAGAGUAGCGGCAAGGAGAUAGCGGCUGGGGAGCUGGUUGGGAGCAGUGCGGAUAGUAGGGAGGGGUUUGGCGCAAGUGGAGCAAGGGGAGCUAGUGAGAGAGGAGGUGAUGCACGAGGAGUGGAUGGGAGAGGCGGGGACGGAAGAGGAGGGAAUGAAGGAGGCCGUGCAUCAUUGCAGCAUGGCUUCGACUUGGUUCUCAUGGACCUGCAGAUGCCGGGCAUGGACGGGUUCGCAGCAACAGAGGCGAUCCGUGCAUACGAGAGAAAGCUUAUGCUGGGCAUGGCACAAGAGGCACAGCAGGGAAGAGAGCAGGGGAGGGAGGAGGAAAGGGAGGCGAGCAGCAAGGAGCAUUGGCUUCAGAGGGAAGUAUGGGAGGGCAACAGGGAAGCGUGCAGCAGGGAAGCAUACAGCAGGGGGACAUAUGGGAGAGCGCAGGGGGGAGAGCAGCAGUGGCGGGAGAGAUGCACAGGCGGGGCAUGA